AUGGCAAGUGAAAAGACCUCCGUGCCCCCUCAUUCAUUUGAUGGCUGCUGCCCAGCCCAGCUUGCCCCGACCGCCCAUUCUUCCUCCCCUUUUUUCUUGCUCCCCAUCCCUGUGCAUCUUCUUCCCCAUCUGCAUAGGUCCCUCUCAAUAGUACCUGGGCGCGCUCAAGCCCGCGCGCUUCGCCGACGUCCGCAAGUCGUGGGCCGGCAUCGCCUCCCGCCGGCAGCCGGACCGGACGCCGCGCCCCACCUGUUCGCGUUCAGGUCGACGGCCACGCACCCGGAGGUCAUCGCCGUGCCGCUGGGCGGGCAAUCAGGCUCCUCCCGCCACAGCCGCGCGCGCGACGCCGGCUCACCGGACGCUGCAGAGGGUGACCCGCAAGACGGAGUGCGUGGGCCGGUGGGGCCCCACCCCAUCCGCGCGGCCAUGCUUGCCGACACGCGCGCCGCGGCGGGGGCAGGCAACCUGUCGCUGGCCGCGCUGGUCGAGUCUGGCGCGCUCGUGCUUGUCCCACGGCGGCGGUUGCGCCCGGUCCCGGCGUGGCGCCCGCCGGACUUCAUGGAGCCCGAGGAGGUCUGGAUCCUCAGCACGUCGCACCUCUCCCCGGAGUCCGUCGUCGACGUCGAGAGCGUCCUCCGUGCCGUCCAGCCUGACAACGUUGAUGUCGAGCUCUGCCGGAGCUGGCAAGAACUCGAGCUGGGAUAAUGUACGUGUCCAGUGAUGCUUCCGACGAGCCGCUCUUGAAGUCCAACAUGUUCUCUCUCGGCGGCGCCAAGUUCUUCGUUGCAGACAACCGAAGCAUCAACCUCGGAAAUGGGCUGAUAAGUAGCAUCCCCCCACGACUUGUGUUUGUGUUCUUCAUUGGUCAUCGGCCGUGGAGCUUGAUUGAGACCUGCUAAUAUUGUUGGUCUUUCUGGAUGCUGCAGGUGGAGAGAUUUCUUCCGGUGCGAACCGGCCGUUCGGAGAGGUGAUUCCUCAAGCCAUUGUAGCCUGUAAGUUUUAUUCAGAAGCUUUGAGAUUCUGACUCAAAGCAAGUGCUCCGUGCUCGUGAAUUAAUUCAUUAUUCUCUCUGACGGAUUUCGUCGUCAAUCUCAAGAUUACAUCAUGAGAGGAUCUUGAUUAUUGGACGCUCGAUUAUUUUUUUUAAAUACCGGCAGGAGCACUGCCAAAUCAUAUAAGAAGAAGAAGCAAUAGUUCAUACAUCAAGUUAGAUAUUACAUAAAACAAAAGGGUUCUCUCUCCCUGAAAUUAAGGAAGUAAACAUGGGAGCACUUAGCACUCU